AAUAGAACUCCAUUUCCCAGCUUCUUCAUGCAGCUGUCAUUAGGGGUUUUGUCGCUAGUUCAGGUUUCCGAAGUCGCCUUCUUCAUCGCAGGUGCUAACAAAUGGUUUAAUCUGAUCAUUUCUUUUUGAGAAGAUCCAUGAUGAUGGAGGAACAAACCAGAUCCAUCCAUGAGCAGAGGUUUGACGCUGCGGUUAAAGUGAUCCAGAGUUUACCUGUGAACGGUUCCUUUCAACCAUCCAAUGAAAUGAUGCUGAAAUUCUACAGUUACUACAAGCAGGCGACUCAGGGCCCGUGCAACAUUCCCCGCCCGGGGUUCUGGGAUCCUGUUGGCAAAGUCAAAUGGGAUGCAUGGCACGCACUUGGAGAUAUGCCAAAAGAAGAGGCCAUGAUUGCGUACGUGGAUGACCUCAAGCUGAUUCUUGAAAGCAUGCCCAUGACCGAGCAGGUGGAACAGCUGCUGCAGGUCCUCGGGCCGUUCUACGAGAUCGUGGAUGAGAAGAAAAAGAUCAGCCAAGUUUCAGACCUGACUGCAGGCCUCGGAAGCAUGAUGUCGCCUCCUUCGAAUAGCGUCACAAAAAGCAUCAUCAGAACCUUGGAAAUGAACGGCACCUUGGACGGCCUCGGCCCCAACAAAUCCGACGCGCCAAACGUUAACGUGAAUGAGCUCGAGGAGCAGGAGGACGGAGGUGAGGAUGACGAAAAAGAUAACGAGGACAGCGGAGAUGAUGAGAAUGAAGAGGAAGACGAGAACGAACAGCUGCAGGAAGCUUCUGCCCUGAAGAAAAAGGGCAGAACGGGAAAAGCGAUUCCUAACGGCAGCAUAGGGCAUAACCGGUCUCCCGUGACGAACGGGACACACUGCACGAAAUCCACCCUGAACGGAAAAGACACGGAGGAGGACGACGGAGAGAUCCGGCACGUUAACGGCCACGCUAAAGAUGAUAACGAAGACGUUUGCGGCCCUCAUCACGUGGCCUCCGACUCAGACAGCGAGGUUUACUGCGACUCCGUGGACCAGUUUGGUGCAGAGGAGCAGAACAGCGAUUCUCACGCGAACCGCUCCCUGGAGGAAAGCCAUAGAAUCGGGUGCUCUCAGGAGGAGCUGCACUUGACGGGAGACUCGGAGAUCCUGCUGAGAGGACAGGACGGCGUUCAGCACGGAGGAGAAGACGGGAAGACAAGUGGAGGAGGAGGAGGAGGAGCGCAGAAAAACAGCCUGAGCAUGAGCAGACCAGGCGGCUCUCUGAUCAGGAGAGGACAAGGGUCCAGGUCAUCAGGCUUGGGGCCAGGAGUCACAGGGACCUUACAGGGUGCUGGAGGUGAUGGAGAGCGCUGGGGGUCUGAUGGAGCCAGAGGCAGCGACCUGAACGAGCAGAUAGUCACAGCUUUAACGAGGCUACAGGAGGAUAUGCAGAGUGUCCUAGAGAGACUGCACACACUCGAGGCUCUAACUGCCUCACAGGCGAGAUCAGCGGCCUUGCCCUCAGAAUACCUGCUGCCUCCAGCCAGCAGGCCUCGCAGGAAGUCGUCCUGGUGGCCGUUCGACGUUUCUCCAGGCACCGUGGCCUUCGCUCUCGUCUGGCCCUUUAUCGCACAGUGGAUUAUUCGCCAGUAUUUUCAGAGGCGGAGAAGAAAACUGCGCUGAGAAGCGUGCGCUUAAAGAGGCCGGCGUCCUCCGUCGCAUCCCGUCUUUCAAACUCUCGCUUUUGCACUACGAUGAAGACGCUGAAAUUUAGUGAGCAUCGAAACAAACUGAUAGAUGAAUGUGUGCAGCUUCUAAAGGCUUUUUGUACUUUUUUUUUGUCUAAUAUGAGUGCUAAGUGCUAAGAUUUACAUUUAAACUGCUUGGUUUGAGAUGAGAAAUGAGAAGCAUAACGACGUAGUAACGAGCAAUUCUAUACUGUAUUACUAUUAAUUUUUUUUCAUAUUGAAAUCUUAAUAGGGCAUUAUGAUAACACGCGAAUAUGGCGCCCAGCGUAGGACUAGACGUGUCGAUCGUUCUGCUUCUCCAUAAAGCUGCUAAUAGGCUCUGUAGGAACAUGUAGAAUUGUACAGUAUAAUCGAUUUAACGCUUGUUGAGUAACGAGCUGCGUAAUUCUGAGUAGGCUUUGAUCCCUGUCUGGAAAUCAGGAAGAGUUUGUGGCGUCGGGAAUUAAUGUGAAUUUGACGGACGGUGUGUUUUCAGGUUCCAGCCUGUCGGACGGAUAAGUAAUCAAAGCCAUAAUCACAAAAUAGUUCACCGAUGUAGAACCGCGUAAAGUCAGUUAACGAGGAACGCUCUUCCUUCUCGACACUGUGGCGGUGAGAUCAACUUACCGUGCACAAGAAGCAUUCUCUCCAGUCAGCAGAUCCUCUAUCGUGCUUAAUCGAGGUCGUGCACAUUUAUAAUUAAUGAUUUCAUUGUUUAGCUAAAGGCAGCUAGUCCGGUUAAAGUUUCAUACAAAACUUUCAUACAAAAAAUAGUGGAACUUACGUAACUGCACACGGUCACAUUUUACUACUGGUUGAAUAUCACACAUCUUUCAUGGAAUUAUGAAUAACAAACCUUUGAAAAAAAGAAUCAUUUCAGGUGCAUAAUUAGACCUUAUAAAUCACUAAUGUUAACUAAAGCGCUUGAAGCUAAUUAAAGCUACACUACGUACACAUUUAGGUAAAAGAGGCACACUAAAGGAACACAUGCCCUACGUAAGCAUCACUGGUGCCACCCCAGAUACAAGGUGGAAUACAGAUUGGUGGCUUUAUUUCUGAAAGUGUAGAAAGGACAGUUGAAUAAAAAAAAAAAAAAAGGUAUAACGUUGACUUAGGAAGCGUGAAACGGUUUAAAAUCCCAUGCGCACAAACAGUUCUGCAUUCAAAUCUAAAACCGAGCAUUAAAAUCCGGAUGAUUUGUGAUUUCACACUCGGGGGGUGGGGGGUAGGAUCGUUGGGGUGUGUUUCAGAUAAACACAAUACGCAGCACAUUAUUAUGUUGAGAAAAGUCAUGCAAUAAUUGUUUGAAUUAAUUGUUUUUAUUUAAUCUGUUAUACUUUACCAUGUUUUUUGUUGUCUGUUUGAAUCAAACUGAUGAGUUUCUGUUAAGAUUUAACCUCCAACGUUGUGUUUCGUUUUCCUCUCGGUGUAAAUUGUUCAAUAAUGUUAAUAGCUAUAAUAUGUGUAUAUUAAACAGACUUAAACUAUAUAUAAAUAAACAAAGGAACUGAAAUUGCCAUUUUAAUUGUAACAUACUGUAAUGUAGCAUCGGCUUCUCUGGAACGGCGAUUAAACCACGAUGUAAUUAAAAGCUGCGUUUUGUUAGAAAUAUCUUUCUAUCGACGACCACUUUUGUUUCCAGAGGAGCGUCUGUGAACGUUCUUAUUGUUAAUCAGAAGCACGAAUAAAAAUUAAUAGCUUUUGGA